CGGACGCUAUGAUGUGGAUGUACAGCGGUACGUGCGCCCUCCUCUCAGCACAACAGUCCAUAAUUAAGCUGGCUGAGCUGGGGGCCCUCGACUGCUCCAUAAGCUUUCCGUGCCCGAUAGUCGAUUGAUUAUAUCUUGCUCGGGCGCCCUCCGUCUUCACUGCGCCUUUUCGCUCCCGAACCUCUUCGACUACCUUGCCAAUGCGACCAUCCUGCCACACUGACCAUUAGCCAACCAUACCGUCAUAGACUUGUUAUUGCUCCUAGUUUAUAGUCUUUCCCAACACCACUGUUUCUUUGCUCCACCACAUUCCCAUCCACUCUAUUCUGUCCUUGGCCUCCCUGUGCUAUGUUGACGCCGGAAGGCUCACCAUCCAUGGACUCGACACCGGACAACAACAUCCGCAAGAGGGUGUGUAAGGCCUGCGACAGGUGUAGGCUCAAAAAAUCAAAGUGCGAUGGGGCCAACCCAUGCAGCAGGUGCAAGGCAGACAACACCAUCUGCGUGUUUGGCGAACGGAAAAAGUCCCACGACAAGGUAUAUCCUAAAGGUUAUGUCGAGAUGCUCGAGCAGCAGCAGGGGCAGCUAGUGGCCGGUAUUCGCGAACUCUACAGAAGAUUGAACACGGGAGAAGGAUGGCCAGGAUCGCCGCUCGCGGAGCAUCCUGGAGGACACCCUUUGACGCACGACAUACUACAACGGCUCGGCUUGCUGCAACAAAAUUCCGAGCAAUUCGAAGAGGAUCCCACUCGCUUGGAGAAGAGGUUACGGGAAGAGGAGGAUGGCGAAACGGGGGAGCCAGCUUACAAGCAUCGGAGAAGCUCCUUCGGCUCAAAUUCAGACCAUGAACACAUUUCUUCGCCAUCUUCGCACGGAACACCGCCGACGCCUCCAAAAUUCUACGAUCAGCCUUUCCCGCGGGAGAACGCCCUGCCCACGCCGCCGUCCUCGAUACAAACGAUGCCCCAGCAACUGUCGCUAAACGGAUCGAAUAUGAAGCAGUUCCCGGGAUCCACGCCUUACGACAAGACGUUCAGCGCACCGGCAACAAUCGAUCUCAUGUCGCCUUACGCCACGGAGACGCCGCGGGUUGGAGACUUCCCGAUGUACGGAUACGAGAGCUCAUUUGAGGAUAACAGCUAUUACAUGGGCAUGGCCCCGUUCGACAACUACGGCAAUGACCCUACGCUGGUCUCGUCGUCGUCGAUAAACCCUAGUGCGCUGCAAAAUGAUUUUUCGCAAUUCCCUUGAGUACGAGAAUGGGCAGCUCUGGUUGAGAGAUGCAAUGCAACCCGGGACAGCGGCUCCCGAAGACAUUGCAACCAUGGACAGAUAGACAUUGUGCGUUCAAGCGGGUGGGACGGUGGGAAUCGGCGCCUGGCGUAACUGGGACUGGGCCA